UUUAGAGAGUGAAGACCUAGGGUAUCUUCUUGGAGAUAGUGGAUAUGCACUUAAAAGUUAUCUGAUGACACCCGUACUGAGUCCUUCAUCAAGAGCUGAACAAGUCUUUAAUGACAGACAUAUAGCAGGCCGUUCUGUGGUUGAAAAAGUAUUUGGUUUGCUGAAGUCUAGAUUUAGGUAUUUGCACAAGUCAGGAGGCUGCCUUUUGCUGAAACCAACAAAGGCAUGUAAAGUUGCUGAAGCAUGUACAAGGCUGUAUCAUUUCUGUUUGGACAAGAGAGUUCCACUGGCAGAACAAGAUGUAAGUCUUGAAAAUGAAGUAAAUGACAAUUAUAUCUGUCAGAUUCCACCAAACAGAAACGGUUCUGACAGUCGACAAAGUUUGAUAAAUUUAUUUCUUUAAAAAGUACAAGUAUGUG